AUGUCGAAGUACGUCAACACACAAAUCGUCAACCAGGAGGUCCUCGACAAGACAAUCGAGCUUUGCAAGCAACGCAACAUCAUCCUCCCAACAUUCGACCAGCUCGCUCAUCCAGAGAAAGUUCCACCAAAGAUCGUUGAGAAGCUGAAGACAAUCGGCCUUUGGGAUGUUGAUCCACUCAACCUCUUCCGCAUCUCAUGGCAUAACGAUAUCAAGACAGGCGGCUACGGCAAGGUCAACGCAAUCGAAAUCCCAACAGUCCUUUCUGGCGUCAAGGCCCCAAUCUACGUCCUUAUCGGCAAGCGCUUCCCAACAGGCUGCCACAAGGUCGGCGCUACAUACGGCCCACUCGUUUCCCGCCUUAUCCGUGGUGAUUUCGACCCAACAGCUCAAAAGGCUCUCUGGCCAUCAACAGGCAACUAUUGCCGUGGCGGUGCUUUCAACUCCCGCCUUCUUGGCUGCACAGCCAUCGCUGUCCUCCCAGAACAAAUGUCCCAGGAGAGAUUCAACUGGCUCAAGGAGAUCGGCGCUGAAGUUUACGCCACACCAGGCUGCGAAUCCAACGUCAAGGAGAUCUUCGACAAGGCUGGUGCCCUCACAAAGGAAGGCGCUGGCAAGGUUGUCAACCUCAACCAGUUCGAAGAGUUCGCUAACCCAAUCUUCCACUACCACGUUACAGGCCCAGCCAUGGAGGAAGUCUUCAACGACCACAAGAAGGAAGGCUCCCGCCUUGCUGGUGUUUGCCUCAACCAGGGCUCUGCUGGCACACUUGCUUCCGGCAUGUACCUCCACAAGAAGUAUCCACACAUGAAGUUAGGCUGCUCAGAAGCUCUUCAGUGCCCAACACUUCUUGUCAACGGUUUCGGUGACCACAGAAUCGAAGGCAUUGGUGACAAGCACGUUCCAUGGGUCUUGAACGCCAAGGAUCAGGAUGUUGUUCUCGGCAUCGAUGAUGAGGCUUGCAUGCAGAUGCUCAGAGUCUUCAACACACCAGAAGGCAAGAAGGUUCUCAAGGAACACGGCGUUACCGAUGAACUCAUCGAAGACCUCGCCAACCUUGGUAUCUCUGGCAUUGCUAACAUCCUUGGUUGCAUCAAGAUGGCCAAGUACUUCGAAUUCACAGAGAAGGACAUGAUGUUCACAGUCGCUACAGACUCUGCUGUCAUGUACCAGUCCAGACUCAAGGAACUCGAGGAGAAGCACGGCAAGUACACAGAAUGCCAGGCUUACGCUGACUGGUUCAGAUACAUACUCGGCGCUUCAACAGACCACGUCGAAGAGCUCACAUACGCUACACGCAAGAGAAUCCACAACCUCAAGUACUACACAUGGAUCGAACAACAGGGUAAGACACUCGAGGAACUCAACGCUCAGUGGUACUGCGACUGCUAUUGGGAUGCUCAGAUGAACGCUGCCAUCGAGUACGACAAGUUAAUCGUUGCUUUCAACGAGAAGACUGGCCUCCUCAAACAAUACGAGUAA